GACCGUCAGUCUGACAUCUGCAGUGACGAAGCGUAGGUGAGCUGCGGGUUGCAGUCAGUGUCACACACAAACACCGGCGAAUGGAUGUGAUGGAUCGGUCAUUUAUGGAAAGCGCUGAAUAUUUCCACGCGGAAUAACUUUUACAUUACCUAUUGAGUUUCACCCCGAAGAGCGGUCGGAUUUUUUUAGUUCAGUUAUUUAUUAGGUUUUUUUAAUGGUUUAAUUGAGUUAUACUCAUGAAUAAGUCUGCACGUAGUUGAUACUCCUUUAAACUCUAAUAAUAAUAAAAUGGAUAGUAUUCUUUUUAUUUUUUUCAUAUUAUUUGUUAUAGAGGCUCGUGCAUUGCGUUAUGGCAUCGCCAACAACCUUCAGUCCUAUAUGCCCAAUGUGUGUCUUGAGAGGGAGGUGACGCUGGUCGCCCAGAGGCAGCCGUGUGUACAGGCCUUCACACGCAUGGUUAAAGUGUGGAAGCAAGGCUGCGUGGGACAGUCAUGGUGUAUGGGAUACGAGAGAAGAACAGCGUACUACACUGCAUACAGACAAGUGUACAGACAGGAUUAUCAGACUGUGUAUAAGUGUUGCCCUGGAUGGUCUCAACUUAAUGGAGAAGCCGGUUGUCUGUAUCCGGUGUGUAGCUACGGUGUGUGCUUCAACGGGGGCCAUUGUCGAGAGGGAUCCACACAGCUUUGUGACUGCCUCGCAGGGUUCAACGGGCCCAGCUGCCAGUAUGAUGUUAAUGAAUGCGAGGAAACCAAUGGCGGCUGUGAGGCUCACUGCUGUAACACCAUCGGAAGUUUCUACUGCAGGUGUCCUCCUGGACAGAAACUGAAUGAAGAUGGCAAAACAUGUCAAGAUAUUGAUGAGUGCCAGGUCCAUAAUGGAGGCUGCCAGCACAGAUGUGUUAACACCAGGGGCUCGUACUACUGUGAAUGCCACCCGGGCUCUCGCAUGCAUGUGGACGGCCGCACCUGCAUCGCUGUUCAUUCGUGUGCCAUCAGCAAUGGAGGAUGUGAGCACUACUGUGUGCAGCAGUCUGUAGCUCAUUUCCGCUGUCGCUGCAAGCCAAAUUACGCGCUGGCCGAGGACGGCAAGCAUUGUAAACUGCAGAAUCCUUGUGCAGAACAGAACGGAGGAUGUAUGCACCAGUGUCGGGUUGAUGGUGGGAAAGCUCACUGUGACUGUAAAGCUGGUUACAUCCUGGCUGAAGACGGGAAAACAUGUGAAGAUAUUGAUGAGUGUGAGACAGCAGAGGCCUACUGUGCUCAUGGCUGCCACAACACACUGGGCUCUUACGCCUGUGUGUGUAACUCUGCCUACGAGCUGGGAUCCGAUGGGAAACAGUGUUACAAAAUUGAGAUGGAGAUCGUAAACAGCUGCGAGAAGGAUAACGGCGGCUGUUCGCACCACUGCCAACAUUCAACCAACGGGCCGGUUUGCUCCUGUAAUCAAGGUUACAGACUCGAUGACGACUUCAAAACCUGUCUCGACGUGGACGAAUGUGGAGAGCAGAGCUCCUGCUGUGAGCAGGACUGCACCAACUACCCCGGAGGUUACGAGUGUUACUGCUCAGCAGGAUACAGACUCAACUCAGAUGGAUGUAGCUGUGAUGAUGUAGACGAGUGUCUGGCUGUUAAUGGCGGUUGUGAUCACACGUGCCAGAACAGCGCGGGAUCCUUUCAGUGUUUCUGCCGCCGGGGUUUCCGUCUGGACGAGGACCGGCUAUCCUGCGUCCCACUAGAAGAUGCAAUUGAAGCUUUGUCCAGCGGAGGUGCCAUCGAGUUGCCUCUGAUUCGCCCCUUGCUCUUGAUGCAGGACUACAACCAACCCCUGGAGCGGUACGACGACUAUGAAGACGACGAGGGCGAGCUGAGGGCUGAGAGUAACCUAGCAGAGAAAUUUGUGUGUUUGCACGACACAUUCGGCAGUGACUGCAGUUUGUCAUGUGAGGACUGUUCUAAUGGAGGGAAAUGUAAUCCAUGGAAAAAUGGCUGCGACUGCCCUGAUGGAUGGACAGGCAUCGUCUGCAACCAGACCUGCCCAGAGGGAUAUUUUGGUAAGAACUGCUCCUUCCCCUGUAAGUGUAAAAAUGGUGCCAGCUGUGAUCCAGUCACUGGCAGCUGCCGCUGUCCGCCUGGGGUCAGUGGAGACUUGUGCCAGGAUGGCUGUCCUAAGGGCUUCUAUGGGAAGCAAUGUAAUAAAAAGUGUAAUUGUGCCAAUAACGGGCGCUGCCACCGGACCUAUGGCGCCUGUCUGUGUGAUCCUGGACUCUACGGACGCUUCUGCCACCUCCCUUGUCCUAGGUGGACUUUCGGUGCCGGCUGCUCGGAGGAGUGUCACUGCGUCCAGAAAAACACUCUGGAGUGUCACCGUCGCCAUGGCACCUGUGCCUGUAAACCUGGUUACCAGGGCAGCACCUGCAAGGAAGAAUGCAACCCAGGUACUUACGGAGCCGGCUGUGAAAAGAAGUGCGUCUGUCCACCAGGAGUGUCAUGUGAGCAUGUGACUGGAGACUGCCAACGAAAAUGCCCUCCUGGUCGUUAUGGAGAGAACUGUGAUCAGGACUGUCCAGAGGGAACGUUUGGGACAGGCUGCGUGCAUCCCUGUACCUGCACAGGCGCCCCAUGUGACAAAGUGACGGGACAAUGCAAGUGUCCGGCGGGGACAGCAGGAAAAUGCUGUGAGAACUUGUGUGCGGAGGGUUCCUGGGGUCCAGGCUGCACAGAAACCUGCCCACUUUGCGAGAAUGGAGGCAUGUGUGACAAACACAACGGGUCUUGUUACUGUGCCCCGGGGUUCAUGGGCAAAUUCUGCCAGAACUCGUGCCCUAGUGGACGUUUUGGUCAAGGAUGCCAGAUGAAGUGUGUGUGUGAGAACAAUGCUCGCUGUGAUCCGGUGAGUGGGCGGUGUACCUGCGCUCCUGGCUGGACCGGACACAACUGCAGGAAAGCUUGUGAUGCAGGGCACUGGGGCGCAGAAUGUGCAGAAGCAUGUGACUGUAGGAACGGAGAUGGCAGCUGCGACGCUGCGACGGGCCUGUGCAACUGUGAGGCUGGAUACACAGGAACACACUGCCACCAGAAAUGCCCAUCGAGUAGGUUUGGUCUUGGUUGUCGCCAUCGGUGUCAGUGUGACAACAAGGCGUUGUGCGACCAUGUGAGUGGAGCUUGUACCUGUCAGGUGGGAUGGACUGGAAGCUUCUGUGAAAAGCCGUGUCCUCAGGGUUUCUACGGACUGGACUGCCAGGAGAAAUGUUUGUGUCUUAAUGGAGGAAGCUGUGACCAUGUCAGCGGAGUUUGUUCCUGUCCUGCUGGCUGGAUCGGUCCGUUCUGCAACCUGACGUGCCCCACCGGUUUCUAUGGGGAAGGAUGUAACCAAACCUGCAGCUGCCGUAACGAUGGCAUCUGCCACCCGGCCAGUGGGCAGUGUGUGUGCACGGCGGGCUGGACCGCUCCCAACUGCACUGAAGAAUGCCCUGCAGGGUUUUACGGUGCGGACUGUCGGCUGCGCUGCUUGUGUCAGAACGGAGCCACCUGCGAUAAAACCAACGGAAAAUGUACGUGUUCCCGCGGCUGGACGGGCACAGCCUGUGAACUUGAGUGUGUGUCAGGCUGGUUUGGGGCGGACUGCCUUCAGCAAUGUGAAUGUGAGAACAACGGCCAGUGUGACAGACAGACCGGACAGUGCAGCUGCGGCGCCGGCUGGAUCGGAGAGCGCUGUGAGAAAGCAUGUGAGACAGGGUUAUUUGGUGCCGGAUGUGAGGAGAGAUGUCAGUGUGUGCACGGGGCUUCAUGUCAUCAUGUCACCGGAGACUGUCUGUGUCCACCAGGGUGGAGAGGAAAACUCUGUGACAAAGCGUGUUUGCCGGGCAUGUAUGGAAAGGGUUGCACACAGCACUGCUCCUGUACUCAGGGCACAUCCUGCCAUCACAUCUCUGGAGACUGCGGCUGUCCUCCUGGAUUCACAGGAAACGGCUGUGAGCAGACUUGUCUUCCAGGAACAUUUGGACAGAACUGUAACCAGGUCUGUCAGUGCUCGGAGACAAACCAGCUCUGCCAUCCGGUGUCUGGCCUGUGUUACUGCGCUCCAGGUUUCCAAGGCCCCAAAUGUGACCAAAUUUGUGGAGAGGGUCGUUAUGGUCCAAACUGUGAGAGCGAGUGCCAGUGUGAAAACGCAGGGAGGUGCAUUCCUUCCACUGGAGCCUGUGAAUGUACAGCAGGAUUUAUAGGCUCAAGCUGCAACAUCACGUGUCCGUCGGGGCGUUACGGAGUGGACUGCGCUCGGACGGUGCUGUGUGGACACGGAGCUCAGAGUGACCCGCUCACCGGACGCUGUGAGUGCAUCCCCGGACGUAGAGGAGACGACUGUGGACAAGGCUGCCCACCAGGCUGGUUUGGGGUGGACUGUGUCCGACGCUGUAACUGUAGUAAUGGCGGAGUGUGUGACUCUGUGACCGGAAACUGUACCUGCGGCCUGGGCUGGACUGGCUCUAACUGUGAUAAAGAAUGUCCUGAGGGCAGAUUUGGUGCCAACUGCCAGCUGACAUGUGACUGUCAAAAUAAAGCUACUUGUGACAGAGUGACAGGGGUGUGUCAGUGUGGUCCAGGCUUCUAUGGACAUGUGUGUGAACACGCCUGUCCUCCCGGUCUCCACGGCCCACUGUGCCAGCUGCAGUGUGACUGUAUGAACGGAGCCUCCUGUCACCCAGCCUCGGGCCACUGCAUCUGCCCUACAGGAUCCCGCGGAGCUCGCUGUCACAGAGUGUGUGAGCAGGGUACGUACGGUCCUGGCUGUGCCAAGCUGUGUGACUGUGAAGAUGACGCUCCAUGUGAUCCCGUGACAGGAAGAUGCCUCUGCUCCUCCGGGAGGACUGGACUCAGAUGUGACAUCGAUUGCGGCGCGAAUCACUACGGGCCUGACUGUGCAGAGUCCUGUGAGUGUAACAACGGCUCACAGUGUGACCGACGUAACGGCCGCUGCUCCUGCCUGCACAGCUGGAUCGGGCUGUCCUGUCGAGAAGGCGGACCUCCCCAUCUCAACUACGGGAACAGCAGCAGAGCAGACAUGCAGCACGAAAACUCAUUAUAGCACCUGCCUGCGAGACUACAACGGGGACAGAUCGGCCAUGUUUUACUGAAGUGACUCGAGUGAGUGGAAGCUUGUGACUGGAAGUUGUAGCAGGCAGCUGGAAGACCUACAGGGAAAUAGACUCUCGGAUGAGAACUGCAGUUUCCUGUUUGGACCUGAGCUGGAUGAUUUUUUUUUGUUUUGCCUAAGUGUCCUUUGAGCUGUCAACCAGACCUACCACAGUGGUACUGUGUGAUGUUCUUCAGGUCAAAGUGGAACAAAACACACUUUUAGUCUUCAGGAUUAAAAUCCUAAAUGACUUUAUCCGUAGAGUGCCGUGUCAGGAGAUUAUGGGCGUUUACUGCACUUUUGUGUUCAUAUUUUGUCCUUUAAAUACCUUUUGCAGGUACUGUGUAUAAAAUAUUAUUUUUUACGGAAAUCGCUGGAUAUGAUGCAACCUCUGAGGCAGUUUAAGAUUAAUGACAUGCCACUACUACGAUGUUGUGUUUCAAUCUAUACAAUAUGAAGUACUAACCUCAGUCCAAUGGUGCUAUGUUACAGUGGGACAAAGAUUAUAAUGAUAUUCAGACCUUUACUGUUUAAUAUCACAGGUAAACACAUUCCUGUUUGCUAAAUAUGCCUUAACACAGCUGGAACUUUACAGACACUUAAGAUUACACAUGUAUAUGCACCUUCUUGGGGAUUAAGAGUCUAAAUAUUUGAUUUUGUGUAUAAAUUGCUUCAUAUUUAUAUUUCUCAGUUGUAUGUAGUUUAAAAUGCAUUGUUUGAUUUCCAAUGGAUAAACGACACUUUGCAGAUAUACCAAAUGUACACCCAGAAUACUUUACACCAAUGCCAAUAAAAACACACAGAUGUUUGUUUACCAUU